CACAGGCUCCCAUCUUCGAUUGUCCUCUACUCCUUCUUUUCCUCUUUCCCCGGUCAAUGCCACGCCUCCCCCUCCUCUCCCCUCACAUCAUCGCCUCUCGACUUCGACUUCCCCGCCUUGGUUGUCGUCAGCUUCCCCUCUUCUCUCCAGCUGCUGCAUCUCUCCGCUCUCCUCUCCCCACUCCUUGCCGCAAUCUAUCUCCUCUCUUGCCCCACCACUCACUCCACAGUACCUCAUUCACCAUGGCCAGCAGCAACGUGAGCGUGCAAUUGACUGCUCCCAACGGGCGUCAGUAUGACCAGCCCAUCGGUCUGUUCAUCAACAAUGAAUUCGUUCCCUCCAAGUCGGGCGAGAAGCUCGCCUCCAUCAACCCUUCCGAUGAGAAGGAGAUUGUCUCCGUCUAUGCUGCUGAUGCGAAGGACGUGGAUAUCGCCGUCAAGGCGGCCCGGAAAGCUCUCAAGGAUCCGUCGUGGAAGCUGCUGCCUGCGACUGAGCGCGGCCACUUGUUGCUGAAGCUGGCGGAUCUGAUCGAGCAGCACCGGGAGACACUUGCCACUAUUGAGACGUGGGAUAACGGCAAGCCGUACUCCGUCUCUUUGAACGACGAUCUUGGUGAGGUCCUUAGCUGUAUCCGGUACUAUGCCGGCUGGGCGGAUAAGAUCCAUGGCCAGACCAUUAGCACUACCCCGGCCAAGUUCGCCUACACUCUCCGUCAGCCCAUCGGCGUGGUCGGCCAGAUCAUCCCUUGGAACUUCCCGCUGGCCAUGGCCGCAUGGAAGUUGGGCCCGGCCCUCGCCUGCGGUAACACGGUGGUGAUGAAGGCCGCAGAACAGACCCCCCUCAGCAUUCUCUACCUGGCCAAGCUCAUCAAGGAAGCGGGCUUCCCGCCCGGUGUGGUCAACAUCCUCAACGGCUACGGCCGCGUCGCCGGUAGCCCGCUGGUCACGCACCCCGACGUCGACAAGGUCGCCUUCACGGGCUCGACCAUCACCGGCCGCGAGAUCAUGAAGCUUGCCGCCGGGACGCUGAAGAACAUCACCCUCGAGACCGGCGGCAAGUCGCCUCUGGUCGUGUUCGGCGACGCCGACAUUGAGCAGGCGGCCAAGUGGGCGCAUACCGGUAUCAUGUACAACCAGGGCCAGGUGUGCACCGCCACGUCGCGCAUCCUGGUCCACGAAUCCGUCUACGACCAGUUUGUCUCCCUGUUCAAGCAGGAGGUGGCCACGACCAGCAAGGUCGGCGACCCCUUCGCGGACGACACCUUCCAGGGCCCGCAGGUCAGCCAGGCCCAGUACGAGCGGAUCCUGUCGUACAUCGAAGCCGGCAAGUCCGAGGGCGCGACGCUCGUGGCGGGCGGCGAGCCCCACAAGAACGUCGCCGGCAACAAGGGCUUCUUCAUCGCCCCGACCAUCUUCACCAACGUCAAGGACCACAUGCGCAUCUACCGCGAGGAGGUCUUCGGUCCGUUUGUCGUCAUCUCCAGCUUCACGACCGAGGACGAGGCGGUCACCCGCGCCAACGACAGCACCUACGGGCUGGGCGCCGCCCUCUUCACCAAGGACAUCGAGCGCGCCCACCGCGUCGCCUCGGAGAUCGAGGCCGGCAUGGUCUGGAUCAACAGCAGCAACGACAGUGACUUCCGCGUUCCUUUCGGUGGUGUCAAGCAGAGUGGUAUCGGUCGCGAACUGGGCGAGUCCGGUCUGGAGGCUUACUCGCAGGUCAAGGCCAUUCACGUGAACAUGGGAUCCAAGCUGUAGGGUUGAGAAAUCAGCUGCUCUCUUGUAUGAUUAACUAAAAAAACGAGAAGAAAUCAACAAUGCAUUAAAAAAGGCAACCCAACAAACAAGCAAAAAUUGGAAUCUGUUCUUAUCGCCUCCUUCAGUCCUGACUCUGAUGCGAACCCAACGCCGUAAAAACGACAAGACGAAAAGAAAAGAGGCAGCCAGAUCAUCGGGGUCGUACAAAUAACCCCUCUCCCCGUCCCCCUCACAGUGACCGUGACCAGCCCAGCAUGACUGGCGAACACACGAGCGUCUUGCCUCGAUCUGCACAGUACUGUACAGCACAUUCGUGUCCGGGGGAGUAGAACCAGAAAUUGCCAUGAGGAUAUCAAUUGGAGGAGAAAAGAAGAUGUGGCCGAGUUAGAUCGGUUGAGCAUAAUUUAUCC